CACAGCUAACGUUACGAAAGCUUCUCUAAAGGACAGAAGAAGAAGAAGAAGAAGAAGUCAAACAUGUCUGGACUCCUGAGGACCAUCGCGACCCGCGCGACCUGCGCUGCCCCUUCCCUGCGACCACAGACCGUCAUGCAGAGGGCCAGCAUCUACUCCAGACCGGCCAAGGGGAAGGUCGGAGCCGUGGAAACUGCGAUUGGGAUCAGCAUGUUCUCCCUGGCUAUCCUGGGACCAGCCGGGUGGAUUCUAUCUCACCUGGAGGAGUACAAGACGAAAGAGUAAUGUGGACAUUUUAGCAGUCUCUUACCUGGUGCGUCCAGCAUCCAGUCUCCAGUGACAACCUGGGACCAUCAUCAUCUACAUUUCCCUCCCUCCGCUGGCAGAGAAGUUCCCCCUCCUCUCCUCUACCUCUCUGAUGGCUCCACUCCACAUCCCAAAGGGAGCAGCUGUUUCAAAAAUACUGACUUAUACACCUUGAAUAUAUUUAGUAUUGUACUGUACAACUUUCCUCUCCAGGAUGAUGUUACAAGAUUAAAUUUUAAACACAA